CCCACAUCAAUACAAAAACCAUUCUCAUCACCAAAGCAACAAAGGAGAGAGAGAGAAGAGAUGGAGGGAAGAAGGAGAGACGAGAGAAAGAGAUAGAGGGAACACAAAAUAAAGUAGUCUCAUCAUCCCCCAUCAAACCUUGUUCUUCACACAUCUCUCUCCCUCCCUUUCUUCCUCUCUGCCCAAAACCAAAAGGUCUAUCCAUCCACCAAAGUGUGUAGGAGAAAGAAGAAAACCCAUCAAUGGAAAACUCUCCAAAACCUCAAGAGCGAGAGAACCCAUCUGCCCUAACCUCCCCAAACAGCAAUAGCAGCAACAGUAGCAGCAGUAGCAGCAGCAACAGCAAUGGAGUUCAGCUCCCUUCGACGCCAAAGCCCAUAGCCAGAUCUGAAACCAAUGCAUACCCAACAACCUUCAUCCAAGCAGACACCUCUUCCUUCAAACAAGUAGUCCAGAUGCUCACUGGGUCAUCGGAGACAGUCAAGCAAGCGUCCAAGGCCACCGUCGAUCCUUCCUCCAAGAGCGCCAUACCACCCAUCAAGACCGGCCCCAAGAAACAAGGGUUUAAGCUUUACGAGAGGAGGAACAGUCUCAAGAAUCUCAAGAUCAGUCCUUUGAUGCCUGGCUUGGUCCAGAAUUCUGGGUUCUCGCCGCGGAAGCCAGAGAUCUUGUCACCCAGUAUGCUUGAUUUUCCUUCGCUUGUCCUCAGCCCGGUUACGCCGUUGAUCCCAGACCCAUUUAACAGGUCUCCUACUCCUUGUGCCGGUAAUUCUAUCAGCACUUCUUCAGAAGAAGAGAAAGCGAUUGCAGAGAAGGGAUUUUAUUUGCAUCCAUCGCCUAUUACGACCCCGAGAGACUCAACGCCCCAACUUUUGCCGCUCUUUCCGGUUACAUCUCCGAAAGUUUCAGGUUCCUCUGCUUGAAAAGAUUUAGUUUUGUAAAACCUAUAAUGGAAUUGGUGAGGAGAGCAUUAAUGGGUCAUGAUUUUUCUGCAGAGAAAAAUAGAGGUCUUGUCCCAAUUGUACAAUUUGAUCUCAAACUUCUCUUCCCUGCUUUCUUUUCUAAUCUACUUUUCUCAUUCUCCUUUCGCUUGCUUGUCAGGGAGAUCCAUAAACAUGAGAAAAAAAAUUGUGUUUGUCUCUUUUUUC